CAUGUAUCAAUCUAUUUCAUCUCUUUAAUGUAUAAACUACCUAUUAUUACUAGGACGGUGUCAAUUUUAAUUCAAUUUAUUUCUGUUGUGUUUGGAUAAAAUUAAAGAAUUAAACUUAUUUUAAAAUGGAAGCAGCAGCGGAAGAAGUAUCCAAAGAAAAUACAGAAAAUGCAAUUCCAGAUAUGACUGCAACUGAAAAAUCUCUCCCACCUCCAACACAAGACCCACCAAAAAAGUCAAAAAAAGAAGACCGCACCAGCAAGAAAGAUGAUAAAAGUGUAGAGCAGUUCAUGAAAUCACUAAACUCGGUGCCAACACUGGAAGAAAAAUUAUCACUUGUAUGCAAAAAGUACAUACAUAUAAUGGAUGACAGUAAGAAGAUGCAGUUUUAUAUUAAACAAUCGGAAAAAAGAUAUACAUUGCUGUCUAAAGAGAAGGAACAACUGCAGCAUGAGUACAAUAAGACUGUACUUGUCAAGUCGAAAUUGGAAAACCUUUGCCGUGAACUUCAGAAACAGAACAAGGCUAUCAAGGAAGAAUCUCUAGUUAAGAUUCGCGAGGAGGAAGAGCGUCGUAAGGAAACACAGGCCAAAUUCCAGAACACUCUCUCGGAGAUCACAGCACUCUUGCAACAGAAUAAUGAGAAGAACGCCAAGCUCAGAGAUGAUAACAUCAGCAUGAGUGAAAAGUUCAAGAGUGUGGUCCAACAGUAUCAGUUGAGGGAACAACAGGUAGACAAAAUGGCAAAACAAAUGGCAUUAGAAUCUCAGUUGUCCGACGCCAAACUCCAGAAGGCAAGUCUGGAACAUCAAGCCGAGAAAGAAAAGUUGAUGGCUGAGAUGGAACACCUGAAGGUGACGUUGACUCAGUAUCGGACCAAGAUCAUGGAGCUUCAAGGCACAGAGACCGCCUUGAGGGGACAGUUGUCGGUCUACACUGACAAGUAUGACGAGUUCCAGAACGCUUUAGUGAAGAGUAAUCAAGUGUUUGGAGGUUUCAAAGAACAAAUGGAGAAGAUGUCAAAGAAAAUCAAGAAGUUGGAAAAAGAGUCGUUAUCAUGGAAGAAGAGAUGGGAGACGUCGCAGACGGCGCUACUGGACAUGUGCGGGGAACGCCAGGCUAGUGAGGAACGUGCCGCCGCCGCCGCCCGCCAGUUGCACCACAUGCAGAGCCUGUGUCGCACGCUCCAGGGUGAGCGUACUGUGUUGUUGAAUACAUUGAAGGAGCAUAACAUCGAACGUCCGCCGCUGCCGCCGCCGCCACCUACGCCCGUACCGGCGCUGGCACCCGCACCCGCACCCUCUACAUCUCCUGCGUCAGCACCGGCUUCUAAUAGCAAGGUCGACGCAAUGGCAGCUAACUGUGCCCAAUUACGGCAAAGUCUCGCACAUCUCCAAAGCCAGCUGAAUGUUUUAACAAAUAAUAAAAAUAACACUACAGAGGAACCACCUAAACCGGAAAAACAGAAGAAGUCCAAAUCAAAAAAGAGCAAAGCAGAAAAACAAGCACAAAAAACUGUUCAAGAGAAAACAGAUGUGACCAAAGAGCCAGAAAGUGAUGAGUCGAACGCAAAAGAAAAUACAGAUGUUAAUGAAGUUAGUGCCAAUAUAAAUGAAGUACAAAAUGACGGUAAAGACAGCUCAGACGAUAAGGUAGAUGAUAAAACGUUAGAAACAUUAAUACAAGCUAUAAAUAGUGCUAAUAUUAAUUUGUGUGAUUUGGAAGUUGUCCAUGAUGAUAACAUGGAUAACGAUGUUGGUGAAGUAUUAAAUAUUGAAGUCUCAAACGACUUCAAAGUUCAGAAUGCCCUCGAGGAAAAGAUAAAUGAAGUUAUCAAUUCAAAUGAAGUCAAAUUAAGUGUAUCCAUUGAAAAAUGUAACGAAACAAAUCCAGAACAAGAUGAAGGUGCCCUUGAAACAAAUAUAAAUGAGGAAGUAUCUCACAUUUCUGAAAUUAAACCCAUCGCGACUGAGGCGACUAGUGCGUGAAUAUGUCGAUUGUCAAUUCUAUUGUAAAUAGUGUUUGGACUUUUCUACAUUCUUUUAAUGUUAAUCAUAAACUUUUAAUAACGGAGUUUUUUUUUUAAUAUUUUAGUAUUACUUAGUUGGUCUCAAUUUAGUUUUUUUUUUUGUGUGUGACCAUUUCUAUUUUGUUUGUUAGUUGACUGACUUUCUGUUGGAAGUGUACAGUGCCUAAAUCUAGUUGUGCCUAGUCCUAGAUUUAGGUUAUUGAUUUGUAUUUUUUUUUGUCUUAAAGUAUUAAGAUGGCUCUUAUUUCUUUUACUGUUUUAUUAAAAUUUAUAGUUGUCUGAAGUUUGCCUGCUAUUCGCUCCUUUACAAUAUUUGUUUACUUUAAAAUUUCAUUAAUUUUCUAUUAUUAUAAUUGACCUAUAGGUCAGUUACUAAAAUUAUGUUUUUAGUUACUAUAUAGAUGUUGUGUAGUUUUACCAUAUGGCCCAAAAACAUUAUCUUUUCGUUAAUGAAAUUGUUAUAAAUUGAUCAUGGUUCGUUAAAGUUACUAGGGAUUACACUCGAAGUAUACAAGUUAAAAAUUACGCAUGGGCUCAAAACAUUUGUAUCUCAGUAUGUUGUCUAUAAUAUUUUCUGGAAAAUUCACUGCCCUCACUCCCGCCUGUAAAUAUUUCUGGAGCAAGUCGCUUGUCCUCCAAAUUCUGACCUAACUUCUUCCGCACUGCAUUGCACUAUUUUUUUUUAGUUUACCAAUUUAUAUACAUUUAUACCUGUAUUCUAAAAUAAUUUUUGAAACCUUUAUUAACUCAUUCUCACUUACUGAAAUCAAUAUUCUUAUUUGGCAAAUUAUUCCUUGACACGAAUAUUUUCUUCUUCUUUCUUCUUCUCGAUGUGAGAAUGUGUAAGGUAAGAACUGUUAAUGUUAAGAUACAUCGGAAACUACCUUAAGGAACAAUUGAGAAGUGUUUUUGUCAGUAAGAGAAAAUUUACAGUACAAGUUUGGUGUGUAAAAACGAAAUAUUGUGUAUAUGUAUUUUAUAGCAUUUAUGAUUGGAUAAUAGUGUGCAAAUAAAGGAAGUUAGAAUUAAUAAUUAA